GUUUGGGGUUUAGAGCUUCUAGUACCUUAGAGGACUACUCCAUGAAGGAGGGAAGAAGAUACAUGGUAGAAAUAGAAGAAGAUUUGAAGUUGGGGAAGAUCCUCCUUGCUCAGACCUCCUCCUCCUUCACCUUCUCUUCUUCUCCCUUCAAGUUCUCUCUCUUCUCUCUCUAGAUUCAGAAAUUUCACCCAAAAUCAGUUGUCUUAAAAUGGGGAAAGAGGUCUAGUGUUGUAUGAGUGGUUGUUUUGAUAUGAUAUUAGAGUCUUCUGUAACUGAGUGAUCUUGCGUUCAAAUUCUCGUGACUCCCAUUUGUUAAGCACGUGAUAUUGAGGCCUAUGCAAAUUUCAAGCACUACUGAGCGACUUUCGUUUCAGGGGAUGUAAUAGUAUGUUGUAUAAAAUCUGAUACGCCCCUGGGAGGGUGUAUGUUAUCAAAGUAAUGCAGCAAACGACUCAAUCGAAGAAUCGAUUGAGCUCGAAUCAAGAACGAAGCGUUCUUAAUACGAACUUGGAUAAAACGGAACCAACGGACAAUUCCACACCUGGGGAAAGCUCGUAUGGUAUAAAAGAGUAGCUGCUCGACCACGAUUGAAGUGAAUAUUCAAUCGAUACACAAGCUCACAAGCUUGGAAUCCACCAAACUCAAACAAGUCGCAACUUGCACAAAACCAAAGGUUUGUUUUUCGAUUAAUCAAAGUCUGAGUUUUACAACGAAAUAGAAAGAUUAAAUAGGCCUAGCUAGGGUUACACACGUCCCAUAAACUCCUAAUUACAGUCUAAUACGAAAAGGAAUCAAAAACUACCAAAACAAUGAAAUCCUAACUAAACAAGAAUCGAUUGAGCUCGAAUCGUCAAAAUUGCGCCAGCAACAAUAAUCCAACCUGAAGCUCAUUUGACGAUAGGGAGUCCAAAGUCAAAGCAAGAUCUCGAGCAAAGGGAGAAUAAAUUUCAAACGAGAUGCUUAGUGGAUGGUAAACUACUAUCGGUUUUGAUUGAUGGAAAGAGUUGCACUAAUUUGGUGAGUGAAUAUUCGGUGAAGAAAUUGGGUUUAAACACAUUAAAACAUCCAAAACCCUACACUCUUCAAUGGCUUAAUGAAGAUGGAUCAAUUGAGGUCACCAAGCAAGCCAUAUUGAAGUUUGAGAUUGGACGCUAUAAAGAUGAAGUCCUUUGUGAUGUGGUGCCAAUGGAAGAGGCUCAUGUUUUGCUUGGAAGACCAUGGCAGUUUGAUCGAAAUGGACAACAAGAUGAAGUCACCAAGAAGUACAAGUGCUCACAUAGAGGUCAGAAGUUCGUAUUGAAGCCUUUAUCUCCCAAAGAAAUCUAUGAGGAUCAACUUCAAAUGCAACAGAAUUUGAAGAAGGAGAAAGAGUUUCAAUCCAAAGUCGAAGAGGAAGUCAAAGAAGACGUGGAAGAGAAAGAAGAGGUUCUUGUUGAUGGACUUACUAUAGUCACUUGUGAAGAGGAUUCACAAGCUUUGAUUUCAUCUCGAGAAGAACCAAAACUUGAAGUAGAAGAGAAAGUCGAAGAAGAGGCAGAAGAGGUAAAAGAAGAAAUUCUUGUUGAUAUUCCAGAUUUGAGUGCACAAGAAGUUAAACAGUACAUUAAGGAGUCAGAAUUCAAGGGCGGAGAUGAAUGCUUGAAAAUUAUGGAGCAUUCACCAAUAGUUCUCGAAGUUUCUCAUAUUGAUUUUGUGAUUGGUGAUGCAAUGUUAGAAGAGGCAGCUCGCCGGGAGAAUCAACAAGAAAUUCAGCGUUACGUAGAGAGCUUUCAUCACAAUGGUAUCUAUGCAAUUCGUGGACCAAUUGUUCUUAAGAAGGGGGGAGUAAUGCGAUCCUCACCAAUACAAUUUCGUUGGAAGAGCAAGAAGAGUGGUGCUGAUUGGAGAUCAAAGUUCUAUAAAGAUUCGAGGUCGAAUCUUCUUCAAGAGAGAGGGAAUGAUGCGACCUCACUCACCCCGCAUGAUGUCACUCGAGCUCAAACUAGAUAUCUACAUGGACCAUGGUUCAAGAGACGAUUUAAGAGGUUUAAAGAGAGCUUGGAAGCAUUCAAGGUGGAAGAAAAGGUCAUUGCAAGCAAGGCCUACGAGUUUGUUGAAGUGAAAUCAAUUGGCAGAAUAUAUAAUUCUCGUGGUCCAAAGAUGAAGGCCCGAGUACGACGAUACAAGGAUCAAAUGGGAUCAUUCUUGAUGGACGUGGACUUGCUAGAAGGAAAGUCCAUCACAUUGCUACGAUUUAUGGACUAGAAUGAAGAGAAGAUGGGCAUGGUAGAAGGAAAGAAGAUCUCCCAUGGUGUGAACCAAGGUGUGAAAGGAAUACAAGUGUGAAAGGAAU